AUGGCGGACAAGAAGAGGCUGUUUCAGCCUCAGCUCAAGGAGAAGUGGCUGUUCGGGAUGCAGCCUCUGGAGCCCGUACCCGUGGGCCCUCACUGUAAGCGCUGGUACAAGACAAGAAACAAGGUACCUCCCAACUCUUUGGCAAAGCACAGGCACAGGCCUCUGAAGUACUCUAUGGACAGCCGGUGGUGGAUAUCUAUGAGAGAGGGGCUGGACGAUUUCAGAACGGGCCUCCCACCUGCUAAUAAUCUGUUCAUUCGUGGCCAUAGGGAGGGCUUUCUCUCCACGACUGCUCAUAGAGUUCCCCAACCUCCCCCCAGAAAGACUCAGAAAAACCUGCCCAAAGGAGCAGAACUGCUUUCCAGGCUCUCACCAGCCCAGAAAGCACGGAAGGCUUUUGUAGAGGAGCUCAAAGACAGCCUGGCCCCACACCCCUUGACUCGUUACCCGGAUCUGAAGAAAAUACUAUCUGCCGACCUCUUACUAAAGGUGCUGGAAGAGACUCGUCCUGACAAGAAGCUGGAGGACACCUGGGUUUGUUGUGAGGACAUGAAGGACAGAAAGAAGUCCCCCACAAAGCUUGGUGAAAAACACCUUGAGGAAGUCAACCCGGAACCUUCUGAACCAAGUCAACCUGGGACCUCCCGGACAAGUCAACCUGGGACCUCCCAGCCAAGUCAACCUGGGACUUCCCAGCCAAGUCAACCUGGGACCUCCCAGCCAAGUCAACCUGGGACCUCCCAGCCAAGUCAACCUGGGACCUCCCAGCCGAUUCAACCUGGGACCUCCCAGCCAAGUCAACCUGGGAUCUCCCAGCCAAGUCAACCUGGGACCUCCCAGCCAAGUCAACCUGGGACCUCCCAGCCAAGUCAACCUGGGACUUCCCAGCCGAUUCAACCUGGGACCUCCCAGCCAAGUCAACCUGGGACUUCCCAGCCGAUUCAACCUGGGACCUCCCAGCCAAGUCAACCUGGGACCUCCCAGCCAAGUCAACCAGGACCUCCCAACCAAGUCAACCUGGGACUUCCCAGCCAAGUCAACCGGGACCUCCCAAGCAAGUCAACUUGGGACUUCCCAGCCAACUCAACUGGAGACCUCCUGGCCAACUCAACUGGGGACCUCCUGAACAAUUCAACUGGGCACCUCCUGGCUAACUCAACUGGGGACCACCUGGCCAAGUUAACUAGAGACCUCCCAAGCAAGUCAACCAGGGACCUUCCAGCCAAGUUAACCUGGGAACAACUGGUCAAGUCAUCCUGGGACCUCCUGGCCAAGUCAAAGAGGAACUCCCAGCCGAGUCAACCAGUACCAACCUGCCAAGUCAACCGGGGACCUCCCAAGCAAGUCAACCGGAGACCUCCUAAGCAAGUCAACCGGAGACCUCCUAAGCAAGUCAACCGGGGACCACCCAAGCAAGUCACCCCGGAACUUCCUGACCGAGUCAACCAGGGACCUCCCAACCAACUCAACCACGUAUUUCCUGGCCAAGUUGCCCGAAGGCGUACCAGCCAAGUCACCCCAGGAGCUCCUGACCAAGUCAACGAAGGGCCUCCUAAAGACUCUUUCCUAUCAUAUUUAAUGAAGUUGCUUCCUGAGGAAAAGAAAAAAAAGAAGUCAAGCAGAAAGGGCAUUCCCCAAAAUCCUGAUCCUUACAGAUGUGUUGGGGAUGAAGCUAGUGAAUUCAGCACAUGGACUGAUACUUUUGAAGACAUGGACUUUGAUGAAAAGUUCAUCAUGGAACGGUCUGAAUUUGAUGAAAAGUGCAUGCCUAAUGAUAAUAUGGGCAAAAUAAAGAAAGUAACCCAGAUCCCUAUGGAACUAUACUUCAGCAAAGAGCUAGAUGACAUUGAGAAAAGAGAAUUUGCCCUCCAGGAAGGUGACUGGGAGAGAGAAUUCAGGAAACCACCUGCUCCUUAUAGACCCAAUUGGGUGAAGUUAAGGUAUGGAGACUGGUAUCUGAACCCCAAGACCUCAGAAAAGCAAAUAAAUGAUGAACCCUGGGUUGGCUCCAAACUCUUAGAAGAACAGAAAUAUCAGAGUCAUGCAAGGGAUCUUGAACCGGACAUUCUUGAUGAUCUUUAUGGACCAAUUGCCUUCAAAGAUUUCAUUGUAAGCAAGGGCUACAGGAUGCCAGGUGUGAUUGAGAAGUUGUUUUUGAGGAAGAAAUGGAGUUAUGAUUCUGUUAAGACUCCUAUAGACCGAGUCAUGAAACUCCUCUCAAAAGUACCUGAUGAUACAUCUGAAGAUGAUUAA